AUGGCGCGUCCGCAGCCCCCGCCUCUAUCGAUCCCGGCGCUGCAGGCGGCGGCGGGCGGCGGCGGGGGACGCGCAGCUGCUGCUCAUGGCACCCGCCGCCCUGCCGGGAGAGAGAGCCCCGCGGGACGGGGAGGUGAGGACGGGACCCCGGUACCGCACCAGACCCUCUCCCGCUCCCCCCCACCCCGCUCCUCGGGAGAUGGGACCCCGCUCCCGGCGGGCAGAGCUCCCGCCCCCUCCCUCCCUCCCGGGGCAGGGGCGGCCCAGCGGACGCCACACUCACGGCUUGGCCCGGGGCGGGCGCGGACAACGUUGCCGGUGCCGGUGCUCACGCGGCGGCAGGGCCUGGCACAUUCCCAGCGGCGGACCCGGACGCCCUGCCCGUUCCCACCGCCGCGGCUCUGCCCAUGGCGGGGGACAACCGGAGGAGGUGGGGGGGGUCCCGUGCCGUGCCGGGGGACAGCGGCGGGCGGGGGGUCUGGCGCGGCCCUUCCCGCUACGUCACCAGGAGCCGGCCCGACAUCCCGGAUCGCCGCGGGGCCGCCCCGCGCCCCGCCCCGCCGCGCACGCGCCGCCACCGCCCCCGGCCCCGCCCCUCUCGCGCGCGUACGGACAGAGGCGCGCGACCCGGCCCCGCCCCCCCCCCCCCCCCCGCGCGCGCCCGCCCGCCCACCGGCGCCGUUAACCGGCAGCGGCAGCCCCGCCCCGCGCGGCGCUGAUUGGCCGGGAGGCGGCCGCGAGCGCCGCGGGCCGGCGGCUGAUUGGGCGGUCGGAGCGCGCGCGCGCGCGCGCGCGGCGGCGGCGGCGGGGAGGGAGGGGGCGCGGAGGUGGCGGCGGGCGCGCGGCGCCGGCGCCCCCUGGCGGGCGCGACGAGCGCGACAGGCGGGCGGGAGUGACUGA